AACAAAACGCAAAAUCCAAAAUGAAAUCGAAGUGGUCUUUUGAAGUCCGCAAAUUGUCAGAUUUUCAAAAUAUGAAGUGAUUUAAUAAUGAUUUACAAGCUGAUUGUGUAGUAUUUACCAGAUGUAAUUGAAUAUAUAUACCGCUGAAGUGUUUUUGAUUGUUACGUGAUUAUUAUUUUUACAAGCACCGGAGUUGGAGGUUAUGAAAUAAGAAUCGCCCUUUAAAAACAUAUUUAUGUUUAAGCUAUACAACAGAAUUACGUAAACUAUGUCGAGAAUACUUCACAAUCGCAUAAGAUCAUCAUUUACGAAGUCGCCAGUAUGGUCUUGUGUGGACAAGCGUGCCGUCGCGUUCUCGGUAUGGACGGGGCGCAGCUUGCUUCUCCGGAAGCCUGUAGACACCAGCCAUGUUCAGAAGAGGAAGUAUGGCAUGCUGGUGGCCCGGGCGGUCAGGGGGCUCCUGAAGAUCAGAUAUCUGGUGCUCGGAGGCGCCGUGGGUGGAGGAAUGACGUUAAAUAAGAAAUACAUAGAAUGGAAGGAUGGCCUACCCGACAUGGGAUGGGUGAAUGAGCUGCUACCAGAUGAGAAGCAAUGGAACCAGUUCACCACAACCCUUCUCAAUGCUAAGGAGAAGAUCGGGGACAACCUCAAUAUUGGUGAGCCCCUGAUGCUUGUCGCAGAUCCGCGCCUGCGCGACGCCGGGAUGGCGCGGGCCGCUGAACUCAGGGAGUGGCUGGCGCAGAGGUAUGAGGAUGCUGUCGCUGCUGCCGCUGUCAACAACCAGAAUAAUAUCGAACCAGCCCCGAAGAUUGUCAACAAUUUGCAGAGCAAACCUGCUCCGGCGGCGACGGGUGGUGGCCGGGCCAGCGACGAUCGUACUUAUGAAAAACGCGUCCAUGCCCUUCAAGAGGAGGUCCUAGCGCUCCAAGCUCGCUACCAACGCGAGCUGCAGAGGCUCGAACAAGAAAACAGAGAAUUACGACAGCAGAAUAUGCUGCUCAGGCAGGGCAGGCAGCCUCCCGCGAGGAAGAUUAAGCGCUCCCUAAUCGACAUGUACUCUGCCGUCUUGGACGAGCUGUCAGGCUGGGACGCCGGUGAGACCGACCGCCUGCCGCGAGUGGUGGUGGUCGGAGACCAGUCUGCAGGGAAGACUUCGGUUCUGGAGAUGAUCGCUCAGGCGAGGAUAUUCCCGAGGGGAGCCGGAGAGAUGUGUACAAGAGCCCCAGUGAAGGUGACCCUAUCAGAAGGUCCAUAUCACGUAGCUCAGUUCCGAGACUCGGCGCGCGAAUUUGAUCUCAACAAGGAGUCAGACCUCGCAGAUCUCAGAAAAGAAGUGGAGCUGCGAAUGCGUAACAGCGUUCGCGGAGGCCGCACAGUUUCCACCGAAGUCAUAUCCAUGUCUGUAAAGGGGCCUGGCAUACAGCGGAUGGUUCUGGUCGAUCUGCCUGGCGUUAUUUCAACGCAGACAGUAGACAUGGCGUCUGACACACGGGACGCCAUUAAGCAAAUGAGCAAACAGUACAUGGAGAAUCCAAACGCAAUCAUAUUGUGUAUACAGGAUGGUUCAGUAGACGCCGAGCGAAGCAACGUUACUGAUCUAGUCUCAUCCUGCGACCCAUCAGGCAAAAGAACGAUCUUCGUUCUUACUAAAGUAGAUCUGGCUGAGGAAAACCUCGCUAAUCCGAACAGAAUUCGUCGUAUACUGGAAGGCAAACUGUUCCCAAUGAAGGCCCUGGGCUACUACGCCGUAGUAACAGGCCGCAGUAGAAAGGAUGACUCCAUUCAGAGCAUCAGAGAGUACGAGGAGAGGUUCUUCCGGUCUUCCAAGUUAUUCAAAGACGGUCUCGUCACCCCAUCCCAAGUGACGACCCGCAACCUGUCUCUAGCCGUAGCUGACUGUUUCUGGCGGAUGGUCCGCGCUUCUGUAGAACAGCAGGCUGACGCUUUCAAGGCCAUGAGGUUCAACCUUGAGACGGAGUGGAAGAAUACCUUCCCUAGACAGCGCGAGCUAGACCGCGACGAGCUCUUCGAGCGCGCUCGCGCCGAGCUGCUCGACCAGUCGGCCGAGCUGUCCGCCAUCCCGGCCGCCGCCUGGGAGAAACGGCUGAAUAGCGCCCUCUGGGCCACCGCCGCUGGCAAGGUGUUCAAUGGGAUAUACCUGCCCAGCGCUGCGGCAGCUCAGGAGGACGUUGACAAAUUCAACACGUCAGUAGACAUUAAGCUUCGAGAAUGGGCCGAGACGGAGCUGCCCAUACAAUCCAUCCAAGCCGGGUUGGACGCGCUCAAGGAGGAGUUCGAGGAAGUCAUGUCCAAGGGGGGCGAGGGGGACCCCGUGUUCGAUGCGCUAAGAAAGGAAGCCGUGGAGCAAGCACUAAUGAGACAUCGGUGGGAGGACCGGGCGCAAGAUGUGCUUCGAGUCCUCCAACUGAACGCCCUUCAGGAUCGCUGUGUGGGGUCUAGGAGCGACUGGGACAACGCCGUAGCGCUCAUGGAACAGGCCCUGAGGGAUCAGCUUCAUGCUACAGAAAAAGAACUUACGGCACUCACAGGUCCCGGUUUUAAAGACCGCUGGUUGUACUGGCAGACAAGCAGCGACGAGCAGAACCGUCGGGCAGAGGUCCGAGCGGAGUUAGACCGGCUCGGCACGGCGCGACCUACUUUAGCGUACGACGAGCUGGUUGCCGUGAGGGAUAACCUGAGGAGGCGGGGGGUUGAAGUCGAUAAUGAUUAUAUUAGAGAAACUUGGAAGCCUGUGUAUCUCAAAAACUUCCUGCAACGCGCGCAGACGAGAGCGAGAGAUUGCAAGAAGAGCUUCUACUUGUACAGUCAACAGAACGGCAAUGGCAAGGAAUGCUGUGAAGUGGUGAUGUUCUGGCGCGUGCAACAAACUCUCCGCACCACCGCCAACGCGCUGCGACAGCAGCUCGGCAACAGAGAGGCGGCGCGGCUCGACAGAGAGCUAAGAGAAGUACUCGACGAGAUGGCAGCAGAUCCUGAACUCAAGAAGAAACUACUCUCCGGCAGAAGAGUAGAGUUAGCAGAAGAAUUGAAACGAGUCCGACAAGUCCAAGAGCGAUUAGAAGAGUUCAUAGAGGCUUUGAACAAGGAGAAAUAGAUGUAAUAUAUAAUGUAUAUUGUAGUUGCACCAGGGCUGCGUUUAGUAGGCAGACUAAUGUUAUAAU